AUGAGUUAUCGGAAGUAUGGACCCAACGGUGAGCAACUGAGGUACCGUGAUCCGCUGGUUACGAACCCACCCUCUAUAAGAGAUCAGGAUGUUGAAGAUGAGGGUGAAUAUAUUCCUAUGGAUACAUACAGCGGAUUUGUCAAUGCGUUUCCGGCAGAUCCAAAUUUGCAUGUGAACACUUCUUAUUCAGAUGCAUUUAUCAGUAAUACUCCGGCUACACCAUCUGACCAGCAAAAUGUACCGUCAAUUAACGUUAUUCAACAUACACCUGAUAUAAUCGGUAGUUCUCAGUUACACCCAGGCCAAGCUGAUAUUAAUCCUGGAAGUGAAUAUUUUGAUGAUGAAGAAUACUACUAUGGGAAUCUACACGGUAAUCCCGGUGGUUCUAGUAGGGGAUCAAAUAGCAGCGUUGAUGAUGUUGGUGAUCAAUCCGAAAGACCAAUCUUGCAGCAAACAGCCAAGGACAAUAUGAGUUUUGUGUUUAAUGAUGAUCCAAUGACUAUGAAUGUUCGUAAGAGAGAUAGUGAAGAUGGAACAGAUUUGGAGGAUGGGUACAUCGAUCAACGUGGUGAUGAUUAUCAGAUUAAUACUUUUCUAGGUAGGAAUGGUGAGAUGGUUGAUCCAUAUACACAGCGUUUUUCUCCUCUGCAAUCAAAUUAUAGUUCUCCCGGUGAAGAGUUGUUAGAUGUUGAGGAGGAUUUGAGUGGUAGUGGUGAACAUAAGGAUUUGGGUGAUUACGAUGAAACGAAGACGUUGGAUAAAAGUACGAAUUUCCAAACGUUGUCUACAGCAUCCUCAAAUAAUGCAUCGGGAGAUGGUGAAGAACCAGAGAGGGCACUGCCAAAGAGAUCUGCCACUAUGAUGAGAAAAUUUAAACUGUGGAAGGGUAAUUUUGUCUUUGAUUCCCCCAUUAGUGCUUCUCUGUUAAGACAGUACACUUCAGUUAGCAGUGAAAAGGUCUCUAAUGAGUUUAAGUUUAUGAGGUACCAAGCGGUUACUUGCGAACCAGACCAGAUUGAAGAAAAUAAUUUCACAGUUAGGCAGUUGAACUACAUUGUUCCAAGAGAAACUGAAUUAAUGAUUGUGAUUACCAUGUACAAUGAAGAUCAUUUCCUUUUGGGAAAUACCUUGAAAGGUGUAAUGGACAAUAUCAGACACAUGGUUCGUGAGAAGAAAUCAUCUACCUGGGGGGCUGAUGCUUGGAAAAAAAUCGUUGUAUGUGUCAUAUCAGAUGGUCGUGCAAAAGUAAAUGAAAAGGCAUUAGCAUUAAUGAGUGCUCUAGGAUGUUUCCAAGAUGGUUUCGCCAAGGAUGAAAUUAAUGAUAAAAAGGUAAAGAUGCAUGUGUAUGAACAUACGACGAUGAUGAAUAUCACACAAGUAUCAGACAAAGGUGUACAAUUGGAAAGUAAUGCUAAUACUGUCCCAGUGCAACUGAUGUUUGGUCUUAAGGAGAUGAACCAACAAAAGAUUAAUUCUCACAGAUGGGCAUUUGAAGGAUUUGCUGAACUUCUGCAACCGAAUGUCGUUACACUGUUAGAUGCAGGUACUAUGCCCAGCAAAAAAGCUAUCUAUCAUCUGUGGAGAGAAUUCCGUAAUCCACAAGUUGGUGGUGCAUGUGGUGAGAUUAAGGCAGAUUUGGGUAAAAAUUAUAGAAAACUUCUUAAUCCGUUAGUUGCAUCACAAAAUUUUGAAUAUAAGAUGUCUAACAUUUUGGAUAAGACUACAGAAUCAGAUUUUGGUUUCAUUACAGUUUUACCGGGUGCUUUCUCAGCAUACAGAUAUGAAGCGGUGAAAGGUGUUCCAUUACAAAAAUAUUUCUAUGGUGAAAAAGUGGAUGAGAAAAAAUUUAAUUUCUUCUCUUCUAACAUGUACCUUGCUGAAGAUCGUAUCUUAUGUUUUGAAGUCGUCACUAAGAAAGGCGCUAAUUGGAUUCUCAAAUAUUGUAGAAGUUCAUCAGCAUCCACAGAUGUUCCCGAGCGUAUUCCAGAAUUUAUCCUGCAGAGAAGACGUUGGUUAAAUGGAUCCUUCUUUGCAAGUGUCUAUUCGUUUGUCCAUUUCUACAGGAUUUGGACUAGUGGUCAUAACAUUGUGAGAAAACUUAUGUUGAGCAUUGAAUUCGUUUAUUUGUUUCUCAAUACGAUUCUAUCAUGGUUUUCACUAAGUUCUUUUUUCUUAGUGUUCCGUAUUUUGACCAUGUCGAUUGCAUUAACCUACCAUUCUGUUUUCAACAUUUUAUGUGUCGUUUUCUACUGGCUUUACGGUGUUUGUAUCGUUUCCACUUUCAUCCUUUCGUUAGGUAACAAGCCGAAGACAACAGAAUGGUUUUAUCUGGCCACUUGCAUUUUCUUUGCCGUCCUUAUGGCUUAUAUGAUUUUUUGCAGUAUUUGGAUGAGUGUUAAAUCAUUUGAAAACAUCCUUGGUCAAAAAGUAUCAUUUGUUGGUCUACUUACAGAGGAAGCCUUUAGAGAUUUAGUCAUUUCCCUGGGAUCUACUGUGUGUCUUUAUGCGACAAGCUCCAUCAUUUACUUACAACCAUGGCAUAUGUUAACGAGUUUUUUCCAAUACAUUCUGUUGACACCAUCUUACGUGAAUGUUCUGAACAUUUACGCCUUCUGUAAUGUGCACGAUUUGUCCUGGGGUACUAAGGGUUUUGCCGCUAAACCUCUAGGUAAGAUUCAAGCUAAGGAAGAUGGUACUUUCAAAAUGGAGAUCCCCAUUUCUAGUCAAGAGAUUCAAUCGAAUUAUGACAAAUACAUUAAUAUUUUGGCAAGAGGUAGUGACGAAGAUGAGGACGGUGGUAGAGAAAUUGCUGAUGAAGAACGUAAGGCUAGUUAUUACGCCAAAGUUCGUUCUUUGGUCAUUAUCAUAUGGCUACUGACGAAUUUCGGUGUGUGUGCCGCUGUAAUGGAAUAUGGUGGUAUUUCUGAUUACUUAGCCAUGAGGAAUCAACCAGUUACUGAUACUGAUAAUACAGCAAAAGGACAUGAAAGACCUGUUAUUACUGAAAAGGCUACAAUAUAUUUCACAAUCAUUCUUUGGAUCGUUGCCCUUUCAGCAGCCAUAAGGUUUAUCGGUUGUUCACUCUACAUGUUGACAAGGUUUUUCAGAAAAUUAAGGUUCCGUUAA